AUGGAUUUCUCAGAAAAUAAUGUGAGAAAUUACAUUACAACCAAACUCCGGUCUAUUAAUGUCAAUGCGAAUGUUAAGAAGAUGUUGAAUUACUUUAUGCGAAUGAAAGAGAUCAAUCCAAACUUCUUUUAUGCAAUAAAUAUUGACGAUGAUUACAAGUUCAGUUAUGCACUCUGGUUAGAUAUAAGGUGCAGGGCAUCGUAUGAAUAUUAUAGAGACGUGGUGUCAUUUGAUACCACAUACAGGACAAAUAAGCAUGGAUUACCGUUCGCAUCCUUUGUCAGUGUCAAUCACUAUGGAAAGUCUACUCUUCUUAGCUGUGCUCUACUAAGGAACGAGAAAAUUCCUAGUUUUGAGUGGGUGUUCACGCAAUGGGUAAAAUGCAUGGGAACUGCACCACAGGGAAUCAUCACAGAUAAGUGCAAGACCAUGUUUGGUGCAAUUAGGAAGGCCCUAUCCCACACUCACCACCGAUAG